GCCACACUUUUAAUCAGGAUUAACUACCCUUGAGAACAAAAGAGCUACCAUGAAGUAUCUUUGUAUUGCUGUCGUUUUCUUGGCUGUGGCAUACCAGGCCUCCGCUCAAUCAUGCCAUUUGAGGGAAGUCGAUUUGUGUAUUGCCACCAUGAUUUUCCAUUACCAAGGCAGUGGGGUGCCUACUGAUGAAAGCGGAGUUUCUCAACUUUGCGAAUCCAUUGAUGAAACAACUCAGUGUCUGAGAAACUUCACCAAUAAGUGCAUGACCCCAGUUCAAAGAGAAGUUUUGGAACUAGUCACUGAAGGAUCUCAACACACAGUCAAUGAUUUCUGCUCUCAGGGAUCUGAACUCAGAGCUAGAUUCUUGAAACACGCUAGAUGUUUGGGAGAAGUCCAUGCUGAUGAUACGAUGAGAGACUGUAUGGUGGACAUGCAAGUUGCUGUCGAGACAGUCACCACAACCAAGUUUGAUAAGCGAGUUGGAACUCUUUGCUGCGGAUUCCGCCGAUUCCUUGAGUGUGGUGAGAAGCUAACCGAACAGAAAUGUGGACGUGAAGCCGUUGAAAUGGGCCGCACCAUUUCCCAACUUGCAGUCACUGAACUACCGGAAGUCGUUUGCCAUUCUUUCGACCCCAACAGUUCACAGUGCCAAGCUUUGUUGCCAGCCAAAGGCUCUACACCCAAAGGUACGCAGUCCAGCUCACAGUUGGCACGUCUUUUGGCAACUGCCCUCGGAAACUAAAGAAACAAGAUUCAUGGACUCACUACUGACAUUAUCUUGUUCUUGUCUGUCAUUAUGUGUUAAAGUUGGAUUUGUAUCCUGGAUAAAACAUUGUUGUUUACCUCUUCAAUCUAAGAAAAUCCAGCUGUACUUAUUUAAGGGAAAGCCAAAUUUUGAGAAGUUAAAGCCAAAUUCCGAGAAGAGAAAGCCAAAUCGACAGAAAUGAAAUCCAAAUCUUCAAAAGUGAAAGCCCUCAGAAGUGAAUGCCAAUUCCUAAGAAGUGAAAAUCAAAUGCUGAAAAGUAAAAACGAGUAAUAUUUUCACUAACACGCGCAAAAAAAAAAAAAAAAAAAAAAAAAUCGAAGCAGAAUUUACUUUCAAAUAAUUUUGAUAAACUACUUUUGCUAGUUUUAUUUUUUGUCAUGGUAUUUUAUUCAAACAAGACUUAGUUUUAAUAUUAAUAAUGCGUCCGUAAUGCUAGUUCAGUUAAUCGUUUAAAAAAAUACAAUUGUACAAAAAUAUUUUAAAGUAUGUAGAUUAUUUUAACCGCUCAUUAAGAUAAAAUAUUUUGUCUUCAGAUUUUUUUUUGAAAUCUGCAAAUUUAGUAAGGUACAACAGCAAUUCGCGAAAGCUUUUCUUUCAACUUAUGUGCCAUCUUGGAAACAAGAGAGCACUCAUAGAGUUGAUCAGAAGAAGCUUUCUCCAAUUAUAAUACAGUAACUUAGUGACUUAAAAAACGUGGAUUAGUGACUUUUAAAAUUUGUUACUGUUUAAAAUCAAUAAAUAACAAAAUGCUAAAAGUUGUUUAAGCCAAUUUAACAUUCUUUUUAAUUUUAAUUUAGGCAAAUUGAUUUUAAAUUAGGGCAAAAAUUGUUUAUAUUAUUGCAUUAAAUAUUAUUUUUAUUGAUACUUAAUGAAAGUAGUUGAUCGAACGCAUUUUCCCAACAGUUCAAGGUUAGUGAGAGCAUUUUAAAGUAUGUCUACAUUUAAUCAUUUGAAGCUUUUUCUUUAAUAGUGCACAGUUUCAAUGUUUCAUCCAGGACACAAUUGACAAUCUCGUAACAGUCUCUUUCGUGCAUGAACUCUAAAAUUGAAAUUAGUAAUAUUUAAAUAAGAUAUCAGGAUGUGCUUACUUUUAGAAGAAUGCUUCUUUCUUCAUUACCAUCGAAAGUUUCAUUAGAUCUUUUUCUUUUUUUUUCUCAUUUUUUGAAAAGUUACUCGCUUUCAAACUAAAACUGCCAUUAUAAAAGUAAGUUAAAUUAAGUUCGUGAUUCAAAUAAAAAUAAAAACUUAUCAAAACAUCACACGUUUGAAUUUUAUGAAAACGAAAGUAGUCAAAAUUCUAUCAUAGAUAUACAGUAUUGCUAUUUCGAAACCUCUUAAUAUUGUUUUCCCAAUAACUGAAAUUUUGCUUCGGUUACCUAUAUUUUACUAUACGGUAGUGAUCCUAAUUUAAUUUGAGACAUUUAUGUGUCAUUUACUACAAGUCUGAUGUAUCUGUCUGUGUUUCAAUAUUUAUUGGAAUCCUAAUGUGUGUUGCAUUGUUUUGAAAUGAACUGUACAGUUUUGUUUUUAAUAAAAAUCAUAAAAAAUUCGAAA